AUGUCUCAACCCCUGUUCGACAUUCCCUUCGACGAGCUUCCCAACCCCCGCCAGGUAUGGCCAGGCAAGCCAGGCAGCUACGAGGAGGGCCUGGGCAAGCUGGCCAUCCUGACUCCUGAGGUCGUGGCGAAGGCCGCUGCGAGCGAAAUCAGGAGCGGACGGCGAGUCACGAUGGGGUGGGAGCUGACGAAGUUGGACUACCCCAAUCUCAAUCGCCAAUCGUGUCAGCAUCAGAUUGUACCUUUACUGGGCGGAGUGGCCUUCGAUGACAUCUACACAAUGAAUCCACAACAAAGUAGUCAGUGGGAUGGUCUUCGCCACUUCUCCCAGACCGUCCCCGGCCAGUCUGAGCGCGUCUUCUAUGGCGGAACGACCGUUGCGGAAAUCAACGAUCGUCAGAAUGAUCGCAUCGGUCUGCAGCACUGGGCACGGGAGGGCAUUGCGGGACGUGGGGUCUUGAUCGACUAUGCCACAUGGGCUGAGAAAAGGGGGAUUCAAUAUACCACGUUCUCGACCCACCAAGUCCGCCUCUCUGACAUCCUGGAAAUCGCCAAAGAAAACAACAUCACUUUUCAGAAGGGUGAUAUCCUCUUCGUCCGGGUGGGGGUGACGAAGGAAUGGGAUACCGUCAUGACAGACGAGCAGAAGCGGGCCUACUCGAACAACACCAAUCCCGAGCACGCGGGAGUCGAGGCCACGACCGAUGUGCUCCGCUGGCUCUGGAACACCGGCUUCGCGGCUAUUGCGAGUGAUGCAAUUAGUUGGGAGGUUUAUCCUCCCCAAUCCCCUGAUGUGUUCCUGCACGAGUACGUCCUUGCAGGAUGGGGUAUGCCGAUCGGCGAACUUUUCGAUCUCGAGGCAUUGGCCCGAAUGUGUCAGGAGCAGCAGCGGUGGAGUUUCUUCGUAGCCUCCACUCCGUUGAACAUGCCGGGUGGUGUGUCCUCUCCGCCGAACGUGAUGGCCAUUUUCUAG